UGAUUCAGAGAAACGUUCCAUGGAUAAUGUUUAAAUAGUGUUUUUGUGCUAACAUUUGGAUUGCACUAUUAGAGACCAGAUAACUUUAAACAAACAUUUUGUGAACUUUACUUGAAGAACGUUUGUUAAAAAAUGACCUUGCCUGUUCUGAGAAGUUUCCCUGUUAGCUGUAAUGUCAUGUGCAAACGUGAGCAUCUGUUUUCCAAACCCUCCAGUUUUUUCUUUUCUUUAUCGCUAGCUUUGCAGUGUGACCUUGACGAAAUCUAAACAUGGUUUCACUGCACCAACACAUUUUUCUGACACGUUAUAACAGCAGGGUGUCAAACAGCAUAUGGCUUUAGUCCAACGGCAAAAUUGAGAUUUCAUUUAAGUUAAUCUACAAACUGUUUUAAAACUUACGACUUGCUCAGUCCUGUUACUACAAGCAGGAUUUAUUGCAAUAAUUGUUUGGUAAUUGUCUCCAUGAUGAACUUGGAGGACGAGACCUUGAAGAACUCGCUAGAACUUCUGGGUCUUCUGGAUAAUUCGGAGGAGGAAUGCCUCAGCCCUCAGUUUGAGUGUAAACAUGACACUCGAGCGUUUCAUUGUCACAGUCUGAAAGAAACACACUUGAAGCAGCAGGGCAAAACACAGGCCCGGAGGAAGUUACUCAUCACGUGUGCUGUGUGCUUGAUCUUCAUGAUCGGAGAAGUCAUUGGUGGUUACGCUGCUCACAGUCUUGCUAUAAUGACCGAUGCUGCACAUCUUCUCACUGACUUUGGCAGUAUUUCGAUCAGUCUCUUUUCGUUGUGGAUUUCCUCUAGGCCACCAUCCAAACAUCUGACCUUUGGAUGGCAUCGAUCAGAGGUUUUAGGGGCUCUUCUGUCUGUUCUGUCCAUCUGGACAGUGACGGUGGUUCUUGUUCUCUUUGCCGUUCAGAGGCUCAUCAGUGAUGAUUAUGAGAUUCACAGUGAUAUCAUGAUGAUCACAGCUGCAUGCGCUGUAGUGCUCAACAUCUUUUUGGCAUUCAUUCUCCAUCAGUCUCCGGUCCGUCACUCUCACAGUCACAGUCUCUCAGAAGAGCACAGUAACACCAGCGUGAGGGCCGCUUUCAUUCACGUGCUGGGAGAUUUACUGCAGAGUUUAGGUGUGCUGCUGGCUGCCACCAUCAUCUACUUCAGGCCUGAAUGGAAAAUAGCAGAUCCUAUUUGUACUUUUCUGUUUUCGUUAUUUGUGCUUGGAACAACAUUCACCAUCCUGAAAGACAUCUUCAGAAUACUCAUGGAAGGAAUCCCGCGUGGUGUUGACUUUGACUCUGUGAAAGAUGUUCUCCUGUCAGUGUGUGGAGUCAAAUCAACACACAGUCUGCACAUGUGGGCUCUCACCGCGAGCGAAACCCAGCUCUCUGUGCACGUGGUCAUAGAUGAGCAAACCAACCCACAGACCGUGCUGAAAGACAUGACCAGACUACUCCAGAAAGAAUACAGAUUCUGCAAUAUCACCAUUCAGAUGGAGACACACACAGAUGUCAUGGCUGAUUGCUUACAGUGCCAGGACCUGAUGGACUAA